GCUAUAUGCACACUCACUUCCGCAUUCCAAGUCGGCCAGCCAGGUUACAUCCGGCGUCGACGGCGCACAUAGCGUCAAUAACAACUAUGGCAUUUUUCACUCGGUCCCUUCAAGAUGUCCCAAAGGUAACGGUCAACGACGUGAGUCGAAUCAUACAAAAGUUAUGUCACACUUCGACAACCAAGAAAGAGAAGGGCUUCAAAUUGUAUGUGUCAAGCUACAUCCACAAUUUUGAAGAUUGUGCUUGGGGAUGCCCGUCCUGUGCAGCUACACAGCUGCCAGUGUACCUGUGUGGCAGGUACAGCUGUGUGUAAUCAUGUGGCAGCACUGUUGUACCAGACUGCACAUUAUUGCCAGCUUAGCAUCACCUCUGUUCCCCCAACACACAGCUGCACAGAGACUGAACAGAAGUGGCAUAAGCCAAGAUCCAUGGGUGUUAAACCUGGUCUUGUAAAUGACAUGGUGAUUCUUUCAGCCAGACCCAAGGAACGAAAACUGAUGGAAGGCAUUAGGAGCAACUUGUAUAAGGGUGUCAGUUCAGCUCUGCCUGAACUUUCCACACUCAGGGUGGAUGAAGUCUACCAUGAUGUUCCAAGUGAUGUGGCUCCACUGAUAACAACUAUGGCUAUGGACAUUAAUGUUCCUCUGGUUGACUCUGCAUUUGGAAAAGUGCAAGAAGGAAGUGUGUUAUCCUAUCAUAUGCCUGCAAAAAGAGUUCCAAAAACCUGUCCCCACACAGAUGCUCCUUCUCCCCCACAGCUGCCACUUCAGGGUUACAGGCUGGGACCCGCUACCUGCUCUUUUGUCUGCACUGAACAUCAGCAGCACCACAUGAUGUCCCUGGAAACAACAUUAGAGAACGCACACAAAACAAACUCUUUGCUUCCCUAAAUAAUUAGAUUCUGAUUGCCUGUCACACUUCUUUAUAGAGUGCUGUUAAUUUCUCUUUUCUCCAUUUCUCUUACUGGCAGUAACUCUUAUUAGUUCAAUCCAUUUCAAAAUAUUUGUACAUAUAUAUUGAUUCAAGUUUUUAUUUUUUUUCUUAAUAGUAUUACUAUGUUUCUUGUUGUAUUAAUACUAAUCUAUUAUUAAAUUACAUGUUACAUGUUCUUCCGAUUAAUUUUUUUGAUAAUUGGUUACCUAAAAAUAGUAUUUUAUAACUGUUGUUUGUAAAUUGGGAGCCCUAAAUAAAUGUUAUUCAGUAAAUAA